CACUUGUUUAUGAACAAUAACAAACAGACGCUUUGGCUUUAACGCUGGACCCUGGCUGCUUCUCCUUCAUAUAUGGCGGGUUUAUUAAGCUAAAACUUUGAAAACAUAUUAAUUCACUUGCACAUGUAAACGAUGUCAGUUGAACCUCCUACCCAUGAAGAAAUCCAAAUAGAUGAUGAAGUAGAAGAAAUUGAGGAUGAGGAAGAGGAUGAGGAGGUUGAUGAGGAAGAGGAUGUAGAUGAAGAGGAAGAGGAAGAAGAAAUUGAGGAAGUAACUCAUGGUAGGAGCACUGGCAGAGGCCUAACCUUGAAGACUCUGGUGAAGGAAGGCGUCUUACAGCCUGGCGAGGGACUCAUGACCAUCAAUUACCUGGGGAACAAGUUUAAGGGUGACCUCUUACCUGAUGGGAGAAUUCGGUCACAAGAAACAAAUAAGAUCUUCGGUACCCCCAGUGCGUGGGCCAUCUAUUGUAAGAAGAUUGUUAACCCUGACAAGAAGUCGGGUUGUGGAUGGGCAUCGGUACGGUACCGUGGGAAGAAGCUGGACUCCUACAAGAACAAUUAUUACAGGCAGAAACAACUUGAAUUUGAGAAAGAGGGUGAAGCACUGGAUGAAGAGGAGAUGACUGACAGUGACAGCGAUGGACCUCAUGAGCAGGAGAUUGUCGAGUUUGAGCUGAUUGGCAACAGACAUCCCAAUCAUGACAUGAACACGAUGGUUGAAUUAACUUCAUUCCAAUCUCUGGGACGAAUGCAGCCCUUCACAGUCACUAUGUCAUCGUCAGCCAUGGCUAUGAUUGAUAUCCACGCUCACCUCACCACAUCGGAGGUUGUUGGAUACCUGGCAGGGCAGUGGGAUGUCACGAAUCAUAUGCAAACAAGUGGUAACUGCCAUGCUUUUGUGAUGACCACAAACUUGAUAGUGUCUCACGCCUUACCAGUGCGGUGCCGGUUGGGAGAUGGGGAGAAAGGCAGAGUUGUUGAACAGGCGCUGUAUGCCGAGAUGGAAAAACUGAAUUUAUCGCUUGUUGGAUGGUAUCACUCGCAUCCAUUCUCCCCUCCACUUCCCUCGCUGAGAGAUAUAGACUCUCAGCUGGAGUACGAACUGAAGAUGAAAGGCUCAAAUGAUGCAAGUUACACGCCUUGUAUUGGAAUUAUAAUUUCACCGUAUGUACGGGGUGGAGGCCAGGGAACGACAACGAGUGGAUUUUGGGUGAUGCCACCACCAGAACACAAGCCUCAAGAAUACGGACGACCCAUGAGCAUUCAGUUCACCAUUGUGCAGGAUGCUUUCAUUCCAAAGGAUGCUCUCUAUCAUGUGCGUGACACCGUGAAGUAUUAUAAGGACUGCCCCGAUAGUGUUGUCUUUACUGACAUAUUCCAGGAUCGCUUUACAUAUUGGGACAAAUUAAAGACUGCCAUCCGAAUGUGUGUACCAAAGGACCAUUAUGCUCCAUUGUUAGACUACCUAGCUAAACUCCUAGAACUCAAGAACUAUGUUCCCGAACCAACAGGGCCCUCAACGAAGUUAAAAUCCUCUGCUCCAGUACCAAAGUUGCAGGCAUUAGCUGAAGGUACCCCAGCUGAAUCCACAAUAUCUACCAUUGUCCCUAGUUCAGUGAUUAAAAACAGAAUAACCUUGGAGACAGGGGGUGGCAUUAUAGUUCCUGAUGUAAGUAUAGUGCCUGAUGUAUUGAAGCUUUCACAACCUCCUGGCAAAGUUUCUACAGAAAGUUCAGAGGCUGUGUUAGUUUUGGAAAGCCAACCUCCAGUCCAGCCUAUGGAGGUCUCCAUACCAGAAACCGAGAAAUCUCCACGAAUAGAUUCACAACAAGGUCAAAAUGAAUCUAAACAGCCACAACCAAAGCUGGAGGAAUAUCAGCAACCGCCUGCAUAUCAGCAACGUAGUCCACCGCCAUAUAAGCAACCACAGCAGGAACGUGUCUAUAAAGAACAAAACCAAGAUUCAGAAGUCCAGCAAGAAUUCAUCCAAGAGAAGGAGUAUGACCAACAUCAGCAGUUCCAGCAACAAAAGCAAUACCAACAGCAUAUUGAAGAAUAUCAGGGGCAGCAAAAAUGUGACGAGGAAAUUCGAGAAGAGUAUCGUGAACCUCCGCCCAGUUACCAUCAGCAGCAUUUUACAAUACCAACAGGUUACAUACAUGAGGAGCCAAAGGUAGCACACCCAUUAGAAGAUAGAGCACCAGAAAAACCACAGGCAGAAGAGGAAAGUCGAGCAACGCCUCGCUACCAUGAAAAUCUUCCGCUAGAUCCAUGGGGGAUACGCAGACAAAGUGAUCCACCUCAUCAAAGUGAUGCCAGGGAGCUGGAAGUUAUUCAGCCAAUGGAUAUGGGUGACAAGUCUUAAGAGAUUACAACUACAGUACCAUUAUAAUCUCUAUAUGGCAGCUUUACAUACAGGAAGACUGUUUGACAUUAGACAGAGCCAGCCACAUAAAUACACAGGCAUUUAUAGAGAAGAAAUACAGAUGCAGAAUGAACUUUACAAGCAGGGUUCGUCCUGGCCGCACAGAAAUGGGAUGGCAGAGGUGAAGUCAUUGGUGUCUGAUUUCAAGUCACAUUCAGUGUCAUUUUCCAGCACGCACUCUUCCAGCUUUCUCCAGUACCACGUCCGACCUGUAAACCAAUGAUUGUAUUAAGACAUGGUGAGCACCAUUUUAGCCACUUUAUACCACCUCCUCCAACUCUAAUCUUCAGCCCAUCUUCAAACCACCUCUCCCAUUAUUUUUGUUUAUAUCAAAGGCAGUCACCUAUUCAUCAAAAUACAGUAGUUCAUUAAAUUGUAAGCAGUGGCUUCUGUACACAUGGAGGUUAUUCUGCAUAUUAAUUUCUCCUACAUGUGACUGUGAUUUCAUCUAAGUGAUCUGUGCAUCUGUAUAAAUGUGUGGUUGACAUGCUUGAAGGAAGGUAAUGUGUGUUCGGUGUGUCCGGGUGUCUUAUUAUUGAAGUGUAAUUACCGGAGGAGAGUUACGCUUGUGGUGUUCCAUCUUCCCGGUACUCUGUCGUAAAACACUUAGAAACUACUGUACUGACUGUCUGGCCUCCACCACCUUCUCACUUAACAUGCUUCAACUGUCUACCAUUUUGUUUGCAAAAGGAAACUUUUUAAUAUUUUUUCGAUACCUUUGUUUCCUUAUGUUGAAUUUAUGUUCUCUUGUUCUUGAAGUUACUGGUUUCAGGAAUUCCUCUAUCAAUUUGGUUGAUUCUUGUUAUAAUUUUGUAAGUGGUGAUCAUGUCACCUCUUUUUCUUCUAAUUUACCUAGCUUUGGCUAAUGUAAUAUCUCUAGCCUCUCCUUGUAACUCUUAUUUUACCAGUUCUGGAAGUCAUUUUUGUAGCAUGCCUUUGCACCUUUUCCAGUUUAUUGAUGUGCUUCUUAAAAAAUGGGCACCAUACAACUGCUGCAUAUUCCAAUUUUGGUCUCCCAAGUCAUGAACAGUUUCUUAAGUAUUUCACCAUCCAUGUAAUUAAAAGCAUGUCUGAAGUUGGAAAGCAAUGCAUAUGCUCCUCUCACAAUGUUCUUUGUGUGUUCCUCUGGGGACAGCUUUCUAUCCGAAACUACCCCUAGGUCUCGUUCUUUAUUAGAGUUCUGUAAUUCCUUUCCACAUAGUAAUUUGUAGGUUAUGUGUGGUCUUAUUUUCUUCGAUUCCACAUUCCAUAACAUGGCAUUUAUUCACAUUGAAUUCCAUUUACCACUUGACGCUCCAAGCAUUUAUUUUAUUUAGAUCGGUUUGAAGGGCAUUACAAUCAUCCGAGCCUUCUAUCUUUCCCAGUAUCUUAGCAUCAUCCACAAAUAAUUCUUUAUUUCUUCUGGUAGAUCGUUUCUGUAAACGACGAACAUUAUGGGUGCAAGAACUGAACCUUGUGGUACUCUGCUAGUAACACUCCUCCUGUCAGAUACAUUGUCUCUGAUUGCUACCCUCAUCUGUCUCAUAAAAUUUUCAUCCAUGUUAGAAGUCUCCCUGUCACUCCUCCAGCAUGUUCCAGUUUUCAGAACAGCCUCUUGCGUGGAACUUGGUCAAAAUUUAGGUCCAGAUAGGCACAGUCAACCCAACCAUAUCUUUCCUGUAGUAUCUCUGUGGCUCUAUCAUAAAAACCAAGUAGAUUUGUUACACAGGAUCUUCCUGUUCGAAAAUCAUACUGUCUAUCCAUUUUUAUGUCAUUACUCUCUAGGUGUUCAACCCAUUUGGCUUUUAACUAUUGUUUCUAGUGCUUUGACCACCACGCUUGUUAGUGAUAUGGGUCUACAAUUUAGAUGUUCCUCUCGACUAUCAUUUUUAUAGAUUGGUACUAUGUUUGCCUUUUUCCAUAUAUCUGCUAAUAUUCCUGUGCACAAGGAUGUCUAGAAUAUUAAUUGGAGUGGAAUGCUCAGCUCAGUUGUACAUUCUCGCAGCACUCAAGGUGAAACUCCAUUUGGUCCAACUGCUUUAUUUCUUCCUAGCCCCUUAAUUAAUUUGUCCACUUCAUCUUGAGAUACCUGUGUGUGUUCUAUGGCAUGCUCUGGAAUUGGUAUUUGGUCCGGCUCUUUAAAAUCCCCAUUUUGUACAAACACACCUUGAAACUGUUCAUUUAGUGUUUCACACAUUUCUUUUUCAUUCUCGGUAGUCCUGUUCCUAGUUCUCAAUCUCUGGAUUUUAUCCUUUACAUGCAGCUUGCUUUUUAUGAAUUUAUAGAAAAGGCCUGGAUCUAUUUUACAUCUGUCUGCUAUACCUUCCUAAAAGUUCCUUUCUGCUUCUCUCUCCUCACUUCUGUGUAAAUGCUUCUUGCUUGCAUGUAGUGCUGGUAUCAACUGUUUCAAUGCCCCUAUUAUCUUCUAGAUUAUAUCGCAAAGCAUAUUUAAUUUCCAACAGGGCAUGAUCACUCUUUCCCAAGGGAGGUGUGUGUGUGUGUGACCUCCCUGUCCAAUGCCUUUGAACGGCACCUAAACAUCCCUCAAAUCUCCUUCAGGUCAUUGAAGGAGAUUUGAGGGAUGCUUAUGAAGACAAGUAUGAAAUGCCAUCCUCUGUCCAAGCCAUCUGAAUACUCAUUCAUGUGUGCCAUCCUGCUCUCCUUUUUGUGCUGUCAUCCUCUACCACUGUACUGUAUAUCCUGGCCUUUGUCAUGGUCACAGCUAUAGUGACCUUAACCAUUCUUAGUCAAGUUCUGACAAAUAAUGAUACUAAUAUAAUGGUCUAAAGAAAAGCUUCAUUGCGACUGCAAAACUCCUUCCUUCCUUGCUACAUAUCCCAAACAAUGCCAUACCAUCCCUCACUCACCACUUCCUGGUCUCUGCUUCUCCCUCAACGCCAUCUCCAGCUUGACUCUCUCUUGGUUGACUCGCUUGAAGCGGAAGUGGGAGAUGUACUUCUCUACAGGGUCUCUCACCAGUGUGAUGUAGGCGGGGCGCUGACUCACGUACUGGCUGUUGACCAAGUCACCACGUCAGUUUAUAAGUGAGAAUGCUGCCUUGUUUUUCAAGAGAAGAAAAGCCAAACCAAACUCAUGUAUAUGAGUUUGGUUUGUUAUCAAUAGGCCUUCUGAAUUUUUGUACUCUUAUCUUAUUAAGAUGAUGUACUCUUGAGAAUGUAAAGUAAGAAUACAAUAAUAAAGCAAAAUGCUCGGAUUCUGGCACAAGUCAAGACCACAAGAGCAUAGAAAAGUAAUCAAAUUCCAUGCACAUUAAUGCAAGUAUUUAUACUAAACAAAAUCAUAUUACUGUAUCUUGAUAAUGGGAAACUUUAAUCAUAAAACAGUUCACUGGGAACACUUUAGACCAACACAGGACAGAAAUAGUGUCGGCUGCUGGAGGCAACAAUUAGGAGUUUCUUAAAUAAGCAUGUCUAUGGACCAAAAAGGAGACUAUUAAACAACCCCAAAACCAUCUAAAUAUUUGUGAUGGUCUAAAAGCAUAUUACAGUUCCAAUAAUAUAGUCUUCUUGUAAAUUGGCAAAUGACCCUUUGUCCUAAACAGAAUAUUCUCAACAUAUAGCUUUAUUGUAUUAUAAAUCAUUGGUUUAAAUGAUAUAAAAAGUGUAUGCCAAACUUGUUUUCUUCGAAACGGUCUGAAGAUUUUGGUUUUCUGUAAUUGAAGUUGUAGGAAAUACUCAAAUAAAUUAUAAAUAACAUUUUAUAUUUUUUAGAAUAAUACACCGUAUUACCAUGAA